AUGUCACGACAACAAUUAUUACCAGAAUGUUUAGAGAAUAUUCUAAUUAAUCUUUCAGAAACAAAGGAUUUAUAUUCUUGUUUAAUGGUAAAUAAGUUCUGGUGUACGGUGGUUGUCCCCUAUCUAUGGAGAUACCCAUUUAAAACGGCCGGAACAUCCAAAGAACGAUGUAAUAUGGUAACCAGAACCUAUUUAUCAUGCGUUUCAGAAGAUUCUAGAAAAAAAUUGAUAGAUGCUGGGAUUAAUAUGUCGGAAUACCCUCGAAGGCCUUUGUUCGAUUACGUUUCUUACUUACAAGGUUUAAUCAUCGAUCAAAGGACAUUUGACGUAAUUCCAUUAAUUUUCCGACUAAAAAAGAACAAUAUCUCGUCACAUGAAAUACAUCAAAAGCUUCAAGUGAUGUCAGCUCAUGAAGAAUGGAUUUUAAAAUCACAAAAACAUUUGGUUGAACAGGAAUUAGCCAAAGUUUUAUUGAGAGGUUGUACCAGAUUACAUUCUUUAGAAAUUUAUCAAUGUGAUUUCUUAUCAAAUUUAAUCCCAAAGAUUUUAUCAUUUUCACAGUAUAAUUCUUCUUCUACAGCGUCUUUAUUAUUUAAAAGUCCUUCACCUCCUUCAAAUCCUUCUUCUCAAAAGUUAUUUCAUUCGUUAAGAGAAAUUUCAUGUGGUUCAUUAAGUGAUAAUAAACCAACCUAUGAUUUUCUCAUGAUGAUGUCAAAUAAUUGUAAAUUAAUUCAUACCAUUACGGUUCACGAUAUUAAUUCUAUGAGAUUGGGAAAAGCUUUGGCUUCGGUUGUUUCCGCUCAAGAUUGUUUAACAUGUCUUGAUCUAAAUUAUUCAAAUUCUUAUAAUUUUUCAACAUAUGAACACAUUUUUCAAUCACUAUACGACGAUCAAUAUAAUCAAAUUCAAUUACCUUCCCACUUACAAAAUUUAUUCCCAUCAUCCCAAAAUUCAUCAAUCAAGAAGAAAAUCUCAUCAACUUCUCCUUCUUUAAGUCGACUUAAGCUUAGCAAAACGAAUUUACAUAACGUCAAAAAACAUACUCUGGAUCAUAUGAUUAAAAAAUGCGAUAAAUUACAAUCACUUGAAUUAGAUCAUUGUACCUCAAUCAAUUCUUUAACCCCUUUACAACAUUCUUUAACUAAAUUAAACAAUUUAAAGGUUACUUGUUAUGAUCAAGAUUUAGAGUUCGUUACGGAUUUCUUUCAGGCUUCAAAUUUUAAUUUAAGAAAUAUUUAUUUAAGUUGGAAAACCAAUUCCCCUCCUUUUAAUCCAAUUUCACUUUACGCACCUCCAACCAUCUCCUCGUAUAAUUUAGAAGAGAGCUUCAAGAGAAUUCGACUUUUAACGAAUUAUUGUACUCAAGUUAGAAAUUUAUAUCUUGAAGUCAUAACUCCUCAAGAAUUACUUUUGAUCUUUAGGUCCCUUAUUCAUGUACAAAAAUUAAGUGUCACCUUCAAUGAGCAGACAAAUUGGGAUGAAUUGAUGGAUGAAUUAGGUGAAAAUAUUCCCAAAGAAUUACAAUGGAUUGAAAUCAGAAACAGAAAGGAAUUACCAUUUAGCGUAAAAGGAUUACAAACUUUUUUGGAGAGAGUUAAGGAAAUAAAUGGAGGUUUAGAGUUGUAUUUUCGGAGUGCACAACAAGCUUAUUUAGAUGUGACUAAGAAAUAUGAUUUCAAAAUUAUCAAUUAUGCCGGUGAAUUAAAUUGGUAG